AUGAUGCUGUCUACGAGGCCGGCGGGCAUACUCCGCAAAACACUGAGCAAGCCUUAUACGAUACCCUGCACAUCUAUAUGUUCAGUUCCUGGAAUACCUCGAGCAGGUCUGCAGAGAGCCAUUUCUACCUCGCCGCUCCUCUCAAAGGGCGCCAGUGGACAUGGCCCCAAGGCGCUUCUCCUAGAUAAACAGCAUGGCUUAGGAUUUGUAAAAUCAAACUCACUUCCACCAAAGCCGAGGAAACGGGGUGUGACGGAGAUUCGAGGGCCAUAUUAUGCGGUGAUGGGGAAGAGAUAUCUCUCUGAUAUUUUUGAGACGAUGGGUGACUAUAUCGAUGGACUGAAAUUCUCUGGAGGCUCAUUCUCGCUUUUCCACGAAGCCAAAUUGAAAGAACUGAUUGAUAUCGCCCAUGAGAACGGUGCCUAUGUCUCCACGGGUGGAUGGGCGGAGCAUCUCCUUACGCAUCCUGAUAAUGCAUCGGUCCUGGACAGAUACUUUAGGAAGUGCAAAGAUCUUGGGUUCGACGUUGUUGAAUUGUCUGCCGGCUUUCUCUCCAUUCCCGAAGACGACUGGCUACGACUGGUGGAAAGAGUCCAGUCAUACGGUUUGAAACCGAAACCAGAGCUGGGGAUCCAAUUUGGCGCUGGAGGAGACACCGAGACUAAGGAUCUCGAAGAGAUUGGCACAAGCGAUCCCGGCAAGCUGAUAAACCUGGGGAAGAGAUUCCUCGACGCCGGCGUCGAACGCCUCAUGAUCGAGAGUGAAGGGAUCACUGAAAACGUCACGGACUGGAAAACAGACGUCGUUUCGCAGAUCAUGAAAGGCUUGCCUCAAGAACAAGUCAUGUUCGAAGGUUAG